AUGAGCGGGUUCUUAGCCCCGCCGGGGUUUGGCUCGGCGCCCGGUGAAGCGUCCACCAGCGAUUUGCCCGGUCUCGCGGAGCCGCACAACAUUUCUAUACAACAGAUAGAGCUCCCGGAAGCGGAGCCGAUCGAAGAGUCGGCUCUGGAAAGAUUAGCUCACUACCCCUAUCAAGUCUUUGUGCUCUCCGAGUACGGGCGGCCGAUUUAUGUAUCAUGUGGUCAGGAGGAGCAGCUAUGUGCUCUUUUUGCCCUGAUCGGCAUCUUUGUCAACCGGGUGCGGCACUGGAGCGGCGACAUGCUGCACUCGAUCUCCAGUCGCAAUUUGCACGCCCAUUUCCUCUUUAGGAAACCGCUGAUUUUGUGUAUAGUCUCAAAGCGCCGUGAGCAACUUGCCGCCCAGCUGGACGUGCUUUUCGAUCAAAUUGUCUCGACGAUCAGCCGGAAGCAGCUGGAGGGCGUCUACGAGAAGCGCGGCGACAAUUACGAUCUGCGGAGAUUGCUGCAGGGCACCGAUAAGUAUAUGGAUAGUUGCCUGGAAGGCUGGCAGACUGACCUCUCCCAAAUAUCGUGCGCCAUCCGCGUGUUUCCGCUGCCGGCACCCGAACGCGAUUUUCUCUCAACAACAAUCGCCACCACAAUCACGGCCGCUGCCCCGGAGGGCGUCCUGUUUGGGAUCGUGUUGGCUCAUCGGCAGCUCGUCUCGAUGGUCCGCUACAAGAAAUACACCAUCAACCCAAAGGAUCUGCACAUUCUGAUCAACUUUGUCUCCAACAACUCCACAAUCUCGGUGUGCCCCAUUUGGACACCGAUCUGCCUGCCGUAUUUCAACGAUAAUGGCUUCCUCCACGCAUACAUUUCGUCGCUUUGGGAGGGGUCGGCUGCCUAUUUACUACUGCUGUCUGUCGACCGGAAUGCCUUCAACACGCUCAACACGAUCAAGGAAGGCAUUACAGAGAAGCUGAAGGCGAACACAAAACUAUUUCCUGGCAUCGAGUCGGCGAUCAGCACCCAGCAAAUGUUCCAGAUAUCAAAUAUUGGCGCCGGAUCAGACGCGAUGUGGAACUUUUUGUACAAGAACCGCUCAUCGCAACAAGUUUGCCUUUCAGCACUGCGCCCGCCGAUUGUCAACGACGAGGAGAGGCAGCACAUUGUUAGGACUGUCGGCCGGCUAUACGGAGUCCUCAAAUCCGUCGAAGGCACCCGUGUCAUUUAUAUGCGAAGAAAACGGGAUGUUCUCCUAGUUCGGGCUGAAAAUAGCUACGACUUACAAUGCAUUCUCUCCCCAUUCUGCACCCCCGCAAACGCAUGGAUUUUGGGCGACAAAUUGUUGAAGGCUCUAAAGACGCACGAGGGCAAACACUUUAUCACGCAUACGUUGUCGUUU